AUGGCUGCCAACGAAUACUACAACAACAGCUACUCGCAGAAGCCUCAUCCAGCUUUGCCUCACGAUAACGACACUCACGGUGACUCAUGGGGCCACCAGCAGCCCUCGUCUCCGACCCUGGUGGCUGGAGGAUACUCUCACAACUACGACAACGGCGGCAGAUACGGCCACUACCACUCCAAUUCAGACAACGACCUGGGGGAGAGCCGGAUGGGCCAUAACAACGACUACUACUCAGAAGACAUUCCGCUCAAGUCAAACGCAGCUAACAACAAGCCUGAAUGGGCGGACGAUACGAGAUACCAUCCUUCUCCUCACGACCUGCCGACCGAACCCUUGAACCUCAGUGACCCCGUCAGACGCCCGUCUCGAAGGAGGAAGCAUGGUUACUUUGCAAAGAAGAUCCCUUGGGUUACGCAUAUAACAUCUCUGGUGCAGAUCAUCAUAUUCAUAGUCGAAAUUGUUAAAAAUGGAUCUCCCAUCAUGACAAGACCCUCCUUCAAUCCCAUGAUCGGCCCAUCGCCCUAUGUCCAGAUAAACCUAGGAGCUAGAUUCGUUCCUUGCAUGCGUAAUGUCGAUAAACUCCAAAACAACCCAAAUACCGUCUUCUUCCCAUGCCCAAACGCAACCACCACGGAUGCCAAGUGUACUCUCUCGGAGCUCUGCGGAUUCGACGGAGUGCCUAAUCCAAAACCAAACGGAAGCCUCGACGAUAAACCUGAACCAAACCAGUGGUUCCGUUUCAUUGUGCCGAUGUUUCUACAUGCCGGUCUUGUGCAUAUCGGUUUCAACCUCUUUGCACAGUUGAGCAUCGGCGCCGAUAUGGAGAGGACUAUUGGUUGGUGGAGAUACGCAAUUGUCUAUUUCUCCAGCGGGAUAUUCGGUUUCGUUCUUGGUGGAAAUUUUGCAGCUCCUGCCAUUGCUUCUACGGGAGCAUCGGGCUGCCUCUUUGGCAUCUUCGCUCUCUGUGUUCUUGACCUCUUCUACACCUGGGGCAAGAAGCAGAGACCAUGGGUUGACCUGACCUUCAUGGUAAUCACGGUAGCAAUCUCAUUUGUUCUGGGUCUGCUCCCUGGCUUGGAUAACUUCUCCCAUAUUGGCGGUUUCCUUACCGGGUUAGUACUAGGAAUCUGCAUCCUUCGAUCACCAGACACCUUGCGAGAACGCAUUGGGGUCAAGACUCCUUACGUCUCCAUGGGUGGUAACCUCGGAGUCGAUGAAGAUCAGAAGAAGUUUUUCAAGCAGCCGGUCACCUUUUUCCAGGGUCGCAAACCACUGUGGUGGGGAUGGUGGCUGCUCAGAGCUGGUGCCCUGAUUGGGAUUAUCGUCUCUUUUAUAGUCCUUCUCAACAACUUUUACAAGUACCGCACCUCUUGCUCAUGGUGCAAGUACUUGUCAUGCUUGGUAUGUCCCGUUGCCUUGAUCAUUUCUUUCUCUUGA